AUGUCAAAUUGCCAGCAAAAAUUUGAUUCUAACUUUUACACAAAAUUAAAUAAUUUAGAAUAAAGAUUCUAUUAAUUAGAAGCAGAUAAAGAAGAUUUAGAACAAUUAAUAUUAAGUAUAGGAGAGCUUGUUAUGUUUUAUGAUUUAAAGAAGGAUCCAAUCAAACAAUAUUUUAUAGAAAAAAUGUAAUUUAUCCUAUCAAGACCAUUUACAUUGUUAAAUUUGAGAGAUAAAUAAGUUCUAAACUAAAAUAAAACACCUAUAACCCAUAGACAUUAACAUAAUUUUUCAUUACCAGUAUUAAAGUUGGAAAAAUAAGCAUAAGUUCAGUCAGAUUUAAAUAACAGUAUUGAGAAGAUAAAAACAAUGUAGGAAGUAGAAAAUUAUCUAAUUAUAGGAAUAUGAAAUGUAAUAAAAAGACUAAGAGGAACUGAUUCACCAUGAUAUUGAUAAUUAAAUGAGUGCUUUUAAAAAAAAGAUUAUAAAUAGAUAAUAAAAAAGAAAAAGCCAUAAUCAUUUAAAUCAUUCUUCUAUUUUUGCUUCAAUUUAAAAAUUAAAUGAAACAAAAACAAGUGAUGAAGAAUAAACAAAAUGA